AUGGCCCAGAGAGUGACCUUUAGAAGAAGAAACCCAUACAACACCAGAUCCAACCAGAUCAAGGUGGUCAAGACUCCUGGUGGAAAGCUUGUCGCUCAACACCUCAAGAAGAUUGGUACCAGACCAAAGUGUGGUGACUGUGGUAUCGCUCUUCCAGGUGUCGCUUCCCUCAGACCAAGACAGUACGCUGCCAUUUCCAAGACUCACAAGACUGUUUCCAGAUCUUACGGUGGUUCUAGAUGCGCCAACUGUGUCAAGGAGAGAAUCGUUAGAGCUUUCUUGAUCGAGGAACAGAAGAUCGUCAAGAAGGUGUUGAAAGACCAAGCCAAGAACGAGAAGGCUAAGAAAUAA